CGUCUUCUGUAGCCGCCAUCAUUCUGUGCUGUAAGGCCGACCCUCAGAUGUCUUCCAACGGAGACCUCAACGACCCGGGGAGCUCUGACAGCUUCUGGGAGCCGGGGAACUACAAGCGGACCGUGAGGCGGAUCGACGACGGCCACCGGCUCUGCACCGAGGUGGUCAGCUGCUUCCAGGAGAGGGCCAAGAUAGAGAAGAGUUACGCUCUGCAGCUCAGCGACUGGGCCAAGCGGUGGAGGGGCGUGGUGGAGAAAGGUCCUCAGUACGGGACGCUGGAGAAAGCGUGGCACGCCUUCAUGCAGGCGGCCGACCGGCUGAGCGAGCUGCACCUGGAGCUGCGCGAGCGGCUGGCGUGCGAGGACAGCGAGAAGGUGCGCAACUGGCAGAAGGAAGCCUUCCACAAGCAGAUGAUGGGCGGCUUCAAGGAGACCAAGGACGCAGACGACGGCUUCCGCAAGGCGCAGAAGCCCUGGGUCCGCAAGCUGAAGGAGGUGGACGCCAGUAAGAAGAGCUACCAUCAGGCCAGGAAGGAGGAGUGGACGGCGGUUACCAGGGAAACGCACGCCAAGGCCGACCCGACCAAGUCUCAGGAGGAAGUCCGCAAAUUCACAACCCGAGUGGAGCGCUGCAGCGAGGAGGCCGACAAAGUGAAGCAGCGCUACACCAAGGCCCUGGAUGAGCUGAACCGCUGUAACCCCCGCUACAUGGAGGACAUGGAGCAGGUGUUCGACCUGACGCAGGACGCCGAGCGCAGGAGGCUGCGCUUCUUCAAAGACGUCCUGCUGGACAUCCACACGCACCUCGACCUGUCUGUCAAAGACGGGUUCAAAGCCCUGCACCGGGACUUGGGUCAGACCAUCCAAGCAGCCAAUGAUGCUGAAGACCUGCGAUGGUGGAGGAACACCCACGGACCGGGCAUGAGCAUGAACUGGCCCCAGUUACUGGAGUGGUCUCCGGAGGCCGGUCGCUCCAUCAGCAGGAAGGAGCGAGGAGGACGCCAGGAGGACAACGUGGUCACCCUCACCAACAUCGUGUCCUCCAGCGGAGGCGACGCGCCGCCCAGCCCCAUCACCAUGGACACCGGCAGGGGGAAGGAUUACUCGUCAGACUGGUCCGACGAGGAGAGUCCUCCGAAGGUGCAGGCGGUGAACGGCGUGAUGGGGGAGGAGCACGAGGAGGAGGAGGAGACUCAGGUAGAGGGGGUGCGAGUCCGAGCGCUCUAUGACUACACGGGCCAGGAGGCCGAUGAGCUCAGCUUUAAAGCAGGCGAGGAGCUGCUGAAGAUGAGCGAGGAGGACGAGCAGGGCUGGUGUAGAGGACGGCUGAGCGGCGGCCAGGUGGGCCUCUACCCCGCCAACUACGUCCAGGCCGUCUCCUCCUGAUGCCCCGCCCCCUCUCUGGUCACCUAGCAACCCCCGAGACGCAAGGACCAAUCAAAAGACACCCGACAGUUUAACAGACUCUAAAACUCACCAGAGUUUGUUUUUUUUGUGGAUAAAAGGUGAGAUUCCAGACGCUGUAGGAGAACACGGGACGUUGUCUUUCUUUUUCACUGGAUAGAGGCACAAAAUACACAGGAAAGCAAAAAGGAGAAAACCUGGCUGAUGGCGCUCAACAGGGCCAACUGUGAUUGGCUGAAACAUCUGUCAAUCAAACACAUGCUUCUUUUUAAAGAAAUGGCUUUGGCAUUUUGGUGAAUCAUUUUUUGUUGCAGGGUUGGUAAGAAUGCAGCCUGUUAGCUUAGCUUAGCUUAAAGCCUGGAAGUUUAAAGACUUUUAAAUUUAAGAAUUUAAAGUCCUUUUCAUUUUCUUUUUUUUUUCAUUGAAUGUUACACGAGCACAUCAACAGUUACCAACUGUUUUAGAAAGUAUUUGGUUCCUUGUUUAAGAGUCAAAGUAUCAAACUUGUGUGCGUUAAUGUAAAACUUCACGACUACCUGGAUGCGUUUUGGCAAGAAUGACCUGAUUGACUCUUUUCUAUGCCCCGCCCCCAGCUGCUAGUCCAAUGAGGAGAGCCGGAUAGUUAGCGAGACCUUGGUCGGAGCUGGCUGAUGCCACGCUAUGACUGACCAGUCUGCGUCAACCAUUGGAUGUUAAUUCUUAACCUCAACCGUCUUCGGUAGUUGGUCGCCUUCUAGUCCAGCUUAAACCUGACUGCUAACCGCUAACGGAAGCUAACGUCUACAGCGCUGAGAAGGCUCUGCUAACGGCGUCUUCUGUAGCGAUCCGCCGUCUCUUGAUAAUCGGAACGUAAACUACAUCUGCUUCUAAAACUAUGUCUUUAUUAAAGCCUUUAGUAUUCUCAUCAUUAAAUAAAAUCAACUUAUUGUGUGGGCGGGAAAAUAUAAUUUUAGUAGAAAACUUUUUCCAGUCUUUGAACUAGUGGCCGUUUGAGGAACUGCAGCUUGAGGCGCCUCUUGUCCUUCAUCGUCUCCGCUCAGCAGAUCGGCUCAAAAGACGUGAAACAAAAACACUGUUAGUGCCUUAAGUGUCCGUGAGGAACCACGGCUCCCAGUAGGAACCAGUAGGAACCACAACUCCCAGUAGGAACCAGUAGGAACCACGACUCCCAGUAGGAACCAGUAGGAACCACGACUCCCAGUAGGAACCAGUAGGAACCACGGCUCCAAGUAGGAACCAGACUAAAGACUUUUACGUUGGCUCAUUCAGCUCGACAUCGUUAUGCUUGAGUUAUCUGGGAUGUUUUUAUGUGUUACCUGUACGUUUGCAUCAAGUCAUCGUUGAUUAUUGACGCGUUAACUGUCGCUGUCGGUUUCUUUUUGUUAAAGAAAAGCAUUUUUACAGUCGACCUUUUUACUUCCUAAUUUAUUCUCCUUUUUAAUUUAGUGAUUCUUCAUUUCAGGGAGGAGAAAGUAAAGCUGACUUUUAGAUUUGGGUGGUUUUGUAGUUUUUAGUUUAGUCCGCGAUCACAAAUCACUUCAAUCAUGUGGAAUAAUGAAUAAUACGUGACGACGUCUUCCCAGAUACGGGGUUUUGUUUCCCUGUUUAAAUGUUUAUUUGGGGGAAACUCCUCGGACUGCUAACCAGCCAUUAAUAAGAGAUCUAGUUAUAAAACGCGUUAAGGCUGCUUCUUUAUUCUUUUUCUUUAAGACAUCAUUACAUGUACAGAACAAAUUGGGAAGCAACAAUAAAAAGCUUUCCUCAGAGAAAGGUGGUUUGUCUUUUGUCCUCGAAAAAUGUUGAGUUCAAGCAUUUUGGGUAGAAAAUGAAAACAAGUCAAAAGUUCUGAAUGUUUUUGAAAGUUAUCUGGGGGGGAAAAAAGUCCAAAUAUGUUAUGCUUAAAAAUAUAAAGAAAUGUCAAAAUAUUACAUCCAAAGUUUUGAAGAAAAAGUAUUUAAAAAAUAUGGGGAAAAAAAGUAAAAAUAUGUUGGGUCAAGAAAAGGUAAAAAUAAGUGCCUAAAUAUGUUGGAAUUAAAGUUAAACACAAAAAAGUAUAUAUUCGACCAAAAAAGUCAAUGUGUUAGGUGAAAAAAUGUUUAAAAAAAGAAGUGUAAAUUUAGAAAUACUGCUUCAAGUUAAAGUCCUGC